GUGCCGGUGCCGGAGGGGCCGGAGCUGUGGGGGGCUAUUUUGAAAUGUGCACCCCCCACCCUCACUCUCUGCCUCUCUCUCUCCAUUACACACACACACACACACACACACACACACACACACACACACACACACACACACCUGCUCGGAACCAUGACAGAAGAUGACGGAUACAGUUGUCGCGGAGGGACAAGUCAAGUUUAGAGAUGGAAAAAAGUGGAAGACUCGCUGGGUCGUGCUUCGGAAGCCCUCUCCGGUCGCAGACUGUCUGUCGCUGCUCGUGUAUAAGGAGAAGAAGAAGCGGAAGGCCAGUGGCCACAAGGAGAGGCUCAAUGUAACGCUGGAGGGGAUCUGCGGUGUAGAGCCGGGGCCCGGCUAUGACGGCGUGACCUACACUCUCACCAUCCUCUGCCUGGCGAAGGCGAUUGUCCUGGGCUUCAACAGCAAAGACGCCCUGCUGGCCUGGGACGCCCAUGUCCGCUACAGCCUGGGAGAAGUCCACAGAUUCAGUGUCAAGCGAACCGGUACCAAACUGGAAAGUGGCCCCGCCUCCCUCCACCUGUGCAACAACCUAUUGGUCCUCACUAGAGGUCUCCCUCCUACCGUCAUUGGCCACUGGACGUUGUCGGCGUUGCGUCGCUAUGGUGCCGUGGCUAAUGGCUUCGUGUUUGAGGGGGGGACUCGCUGUGGAUACUGGGCGGGUGUUUUCUUCUUGUCCUGUUCAGAAGGAGAGCAGAUCAGUUUCCUGUUUGACUGCAUCGUCAGGGGUGUCACCCCCAGCAGGGCCCCGCACGGCCUCCGACCUUCUCUGCCAGACCUGAGUGCAGACCCAGGUUCAGCAGAGGAACGUAUCAGCCAGGAGACGUCAAACCUGGAGAAAAGACUCAGCAUGUUGUCUCAGUGCAGCCUGGCCAGCAGCAGCACAGCCUCAACAUACAGCUGCAGCACAUCUGUUGCCGGGGACGACCACAGCAGCAUCUCCAGCUCCUCCUCCAGCCAAUCAGACACGAGCUACGGGAGCAGAAUUUCAUUUUGGGCGGAGCCGUUAGCGAGACUGCACCUGUCCAGCGAGACCGUGUCUAGCUCCUCCACCCUGAAAGCUCUGGCCAGUGCAGAUGAUCGGCUUUACGCUGCUGUGAUGGGAGGCUCUGGUCCUCGUCCCUCCUCCGCCCAGCUCCAUCCUCGUGGUCUCCAUGACAGCGGGCGGCAGAGCUCAUUGGACAGUGGCAUUGGGAUAGCGACGGGCAGUCAGUCGUCUUACUCAGGGAGCUGCUCCUCGUGUACGGGGAGUCUGGACGCGGCCAGUCAAGGAGGAGGGGAGGAGAUUGACUCUGUGGCUAGCCAACCUGCUCCUUCUUCACCUCCUUCUGCUCCUCCCCCCUCUUCUCCACCUCCACCUCCUUCUUCACCUUUUCAGUCCACACUCACCCCCGACCACAGCGCUGCUAACUGCCCCUGCUCCUCCUGCUCUUUCCCCUCCAGGUCUAGCUCACGUGCAUCUAGUAGGCACGGUGAGGAGUACCAGAUCCCCGGCCUGCUCAGACAGCGGUACGACACCCCCAGGAGUCUCCUCCACACCCUGCACCUGAGGGAAACCCCAGCCCAGGGAGCCCCACCUGAGCUGGGCAGGGACAGCAGGAGCAGUGGAGAUAGAGGGGGAAGUCAGGGGCUGAGUGGCAGCACCAUCUCAGGACCGAGCUCGAGGCCUCAGAGUCAGGCCGCGCUGCAGCACUCACACUCCUGGGGCAGUGAGAGGGCGCCCUCUGUGGACAGUGCGGGGAGGUCCACACACAGACCCCUGUUCGCACUCGGAGGCCUGCUUUGUGAGGAAACACAGUGCAGUGCAGACAACUACAUUACACCGGAGCAGUGGCGCUCAGUGAGGAAUAGAUGCUUGACCCAGGCUGCCAACCCACCACCAUCAGUCGUCUCACCUGCAGAUACACAAGGUGGGUUUGUGCUUGAAUAUUUCACCUUUCUACUCCACUAUGUUUCACUAGAAAGAAGAUACCUUCUACUCCACUAUAUUUAUUUGACAGUUUUGUUAAAUAAGUUUCUUCUUCUCUGCCGACCAGAAGAGGGCUCCCUCAGGUACGCCCACCUCGACAUCGCUGCCAUGGGAACGGCUCAGAGAGUGGGGGCGGAGCAUGACCAGGGCAAGGAGGACACACUGACUCAGCAGGAGAACUGGCGGCGAGGCCACCGCACUGAGUGCAAUGACUGAGUUGAUGACAAAAAAACAUUUUCAUUACUGAUUCUCUCCAUCUCUCUGAAUAAGCUUCAUGCUCAAAUGCAGCUGAUCAUCACACUUAAAAAACACACACACACAAACACAUACACACAGUUGUACCAGUGUACAGUUAUAUUCCCGCAAACAAUCCAUUCCAAUAUAAAGAAGUAAAUAGGACAUGUCUGGAUAGUUUUUUAUGCAGCUGCCACAUGGAUGUCUUGUGUUUAUAUGCUGUAAUUUCUCUAUACUUAUAAUUUGAAUUUGUUACCUUUUUAACCUAGAACUUGUUUGUUGGCUGCAUGGCACUUAAGCACACUGUGGCAACUGUUGACAGAGGAACUUUUUUCUAUGCACCUCCUUUAAGAUUCUCUCAGGAUAACUGCCGAUCCGUAUACGAUGAACUAAUACAUGACACCACAAACGACUGUUUACCACAGAUAUUACAGAAGUGAGACGCUGGUGUCAUUUGUUGUAAAUUCUUAUUCUGAAUAGUUCUCAUUGUUUGGGUGUGGCUGUAUUUGUUGUGUCCUCUCUCACGGAGGGUUAGAAACUGCCAUUGCUUGAUUUCAUACUAUUUAUCACCGGUUUGGAUCACGCAACGAGAUCAAGCCCUUCUUCCCAUCGCACUGACACCUGCAAUCAGCGGCUCAGAGUCCCAGCUAGCUCGGCAAUCAUUCCACAUAAGAGCUUAAAAGCAUUCGAUUGAAAUAAGCAGCUUUGAGUUAUAUCUCGGGUGCAAAUUGCAUUAAUCCAGGCCCAUGUGGCCCAAGCAGGACAUGACUGAGUAAUCAGCCAGCCAGUAACAUUAUUCAUCCCUGUAAUCAAUGUCUCUGCUUCUGGUCCAUAAGAGGGCAAGAAUUGAUGAAUGGAAAAGUGCAGUGUGUGUGUGCGCUCCAAUUUCUCACCUCCCUCUUGAUAUCAUCAGGACAAAUAGUCCAAUAUUUGAGGGUAAUUCAUAUUUAUGGUGGCAGUUCCUCACCAGUGUCUCUGAGUAGGAGGUGAGGAGAAAGAACACGGGGGAAAGAGGCAUUUUUUUUGUUUUAUUUCAAACCACAGUCUGUCAAUGUCAUUACAAGAAGAACUUUUUGUAAAUAGUAGCUGCUUUUAUUUAGACUAUAUGAAUGAUAUUGAACUAUAUUUUUUAAAACAUUAUUGUUUGUAUGUUGUUGGCACCUGUAUCUUACUGAACAUUAAAGAUUGCUGUUACA